GGGUAACUCUGACUAAAGUCAGUGGAGUUCUCACAAUACUAACCGGAAGGCUUAUCAUUCGAUAUGCGAAAAUGGUGCUUCUUGCUGGCCCUCGCGCAUUAUGCUACUUCUAUCAAAGCACAUCAGCGAUUCUUCUUCCCACCAAGUCAAGUAACAACGCCAAGUACUGGCAACAGCGACGGAUGUUGCUCCUGCAAGUUUGAGGAUAUUCAAUACAUGAGCCGUGCUUGUGGAGGCAGCAGUACUUUUAUGGCCCUGGUUCAAAAUGUGAUGUCCUCCAGAUGCGACGUCGCUGAACCUUGCCAAAGAUUGGGCAGCGACGAAGCACCGAAGGAAAAUGAAUGGUUCGAUUUUGUAAUCAUCGGCGCAGGUGUGGCAGGGCCCAUAAUCGCGAGAAGAUUAAGUGAUAAUCCGUGGCGAAAGAUUUUGCUCAUCGAAGCUGGUCCGGAAGAACCUACCAUGACGGCAAUACCAGGACUUGCAUUUAAUGCUGUCAAUACGUCUCUCGAUUGGAACUUCAAGACGGAACCAACAUCACCGCAUCCUACUGCCUGUUUGAAAACAGACGGCGUUUGCACUUGGCCAAGGGGAAAAAUGAUUGCUGGAACUGGCGGUAUGCACGGUAUGAUGUAUGUUCGUGGUCAUCCUGAUUUUUACAAUCGUUGGGCGAAGGCAGGAAAUCCUGGCUGGUCCUACGACGAAGUCACUCGUUACUUCGAACGGGCGGAGAAUCCGGUCGAUCCGCUAAUUCUGUCGGACAAAUCCAGGAGUCAGAAGGAAGGUGGCCCAAUUAAUAUUCAGUAUUAUCCCUAUAAACCGGAAUUUGCGGACGCGCUGCUGACAGCUGCCGGCGAGCUGGGUUACAGGACCUCCCAAUUAAAGGAAUACAAGCAAACUGGCUUUAUGAUCGCGCCGAUGACAAUCGAGAACGGUAUGCGUCUCACGACUUCGAAGGCAUACUUAAGACCUGUCCACAAUCGCAGAAAUCUGCAGGUCUUGACAAAUGCACACGUUACCAGGAUUUUGAUCAGUCCGUGGGAACGAAAAGCUAUUGGCGUGGAGAUGAUAGAUAAGAACGGCCAGACGAGAGUCGUGAAAUGUGGCAAGGAGGUGAUUUUGACUGCUGGUGCUAUAGGCUCACCGCAAAUCCUGAUGAAUUCUGGCGUAGGACCCGAAGAAGACCUGACCAAACUCGGCAUUAAGGUCUACAAAGAUCUGCCAGUCGGGAAAAAUUUGCACAAUCACGUCUCCGUAGCAGUUCACAUGAGCAUCAAAAAUAUUCCGUACGAGGUCAUGACUAUGGAAGCCGUGAAUGAAUUUCUGAAGGACAAAACCGGCCCGCUGGCCAGUACUGGGGUUACUCAAAUUACCGCAUUCUUGGAAAGCAAUUAUACGAUCAAAGGUCUACCGGACAUUCAAGUCUUCUUUGACGGCUUCAGUUCCGUCUGUCCGAAGACUGGUUUGUCGAAUGAAUGCUUCGAUGGUAGGAUCGGCUAUUGUACGGAUAGAAGAGAGAUUAUUGCAAGACCUACAGUGGUUUGCGCGGAAAGUCUAGGCAACAUGAAACUCCGAUCGAAUAAUCCUUUAGAUCCACCGCUACUUUAUCCAGAUUAUUUCACAAAUGAGAAAGACUUGAUGAUCCUGCUUGAUGGUAUCAAACAGGUCAGCAGGCUUGUUGAUACGCCCACUAUGAAAAAAUGGGAUCUUCGUUUAGAACAAGAGAAAAGUUCAUUAUGCAGCAACUAUCACUUCGGCUCGGACGCCUUCUGGAUGUGUCAGAUACGCGCGGAAACUGGACCAGAAAAUCAUCAAGCUGGAACAUGCAAGAUGGGACCGAGUACCGAUCCAACUGCGGUAGUGGAUUCGGAACUUCGAGUACACGGUAUACCGAAUAUUCGCGUCGCCGAUGCUUCUAUCUUCCCCAUUGUACCAAACUCGAACCCUAUCGCAGCUAUAAUGAUGGUGGCAGAGAAAACAGCCGAUAUGAUUAACACUGUUUGGCCACAGAAAUUUCCAAUAUAACACGCAAUACAUUAUGCAAUAAUAUAUGAAAGGUUCCGAAAAAACCGUAUUUGAAAUGUCAUUUCAAUGAUAAAUUCUUUGAUCAAUUGAAAAUCACUUUCCUUUAACAAAAAUAGUGCAAGAGAUGAUCAUUGCAACUUUUAUAUUUUUGUACCAUAUAUA